AACCGACUCUUAGCCCAUUGUUUCGUGUACACGAUUCUUCAACUCUUACUGCACUCCCAUCAAUUAAUUCUCUUCCAUUCCAAUGGACAGAACAGCGGACGAUAUCUUUGACGAAGGCGACUCUCUCUUCUCCCUUCCAGGUCCAUCAAACCCACGCCCCCUUUUCCGCACCCCGUCCACAGCUAACUCUCACAACGCUUCCAACAAUGCUCACACCAAUUCGUUACGUUUUAGACACCACGAUCCGAGAUUUUCGUCUCCCGUGAGCGUCGACUAUGAUCCUGAUGGCUCGGGCUACAGCUAUCAAAACGCAAGUGUCAUUCAAGGUGAUGAAGAUUUAUCUGGUAUCGCCGACAACGGUGACGGACCCUCAUUUGAGCAUGGAUAUGAGGCUACGCUGGAUAGAGAGGCUGAAAUGGCCGGUAUCCCUGUGGAGGAAGCUGACGGAGAGGUGGAAGAAUCGUACGACGAUGCGUCCGAUGGAUCGUCCGAUCUCUAUGACCCUGAUGCAGAUCCGGAAGCAUUCGCCAAGCGGCUGGACGAACUUGCAGGUGUUUUGGAAAUGAACGAGGUGGAAGCAACGGCCUUGAAGUGGGAUCCACCCAUAGGAAAAGAUCACCGGCACCACCCACAUCUGCAUUCUUCAGAUUUCAAAUCCCUCAUCAAACACUAUCUCACCACUACGUCAUGGCAAUAUUCUCCAUCGAGACCUUUCUUCUCUACGCCUGGCGAGGGUUCCUCUGCUAACGGGCUCGACUCGCGCUUUAGUUUCGGUUCUGACGCUUUUCCUUUCCCUGUUCCGGGUCCAUGGGGAAUUGGUGACAUAGGAGGGAUUGCUGCUGGAGAAAUACAUCCAAUCAGGGUCCUUGGUAGGACCUGGAGAGAUGCUGACGGGGCAAUCGGCGGGGAAAGAUCGUUUGGGGUCGAACUUGAAGAGACUGGACUGGAGAAUGAAAUCUCGCGGCCUUCUGAGAUGUCACCAUAAUGUAUCAAUAAAUUUGUACUCAACUCAUUGUUAUUGCGAGUCUCAUUUGGCAGUGAUACGAGACAUCUUAAACGGUAUUAACAAUUUAGAAGCCGCGAUGAACGUGGUUUAAUGCUAUUACAGAGAAUCGUAAUACUCGCCGGUCAUGUUCUUGGCCCUGUUAAA